UCUUCAUCUGAGCGAAAACAUGACUGAACAGCAGAGCAAUGUCAACAAGACGAAUUUAUAAGAACCACUGAUAAAAACAAAAUUUAACGAAAUGGAUGUUACACAUUCACACAACCAAAGUUAUUGGUUUGUGCUCAGGGAAGAUCAAAGCAAUGUUAUUUUCAGUAGCAAUAAUUUUGCUAUACAAAAUCCUCAAAUUCCAGGCCAAGACACUGGGAAUGGUAUAGAGACCCUUGACACCAGGCAGUACAUACAAAUAAAUGAAGCACCUUUACCCAUAUCUGAUGAAGCUUUAGAGCAUUGUAAAAAGGAAGCCCUAGAGACAUUAAAAGAGGAAACGUUUUGGGACAAGAACAAAAUAAAAUUAUUGCUCACACUCUGCCUUGACCAAAGGUACAAAAAUUUAAACAAGGACAAAGUUUUAUGGAAUGAAAUUGCUGUCAAUGUGGGAACUUCUCCUGGAGAGUGUGAUAAGAAAUUUAGGAAUCUUCGAAGAACAUACAUUAGAUUGCUAAAAAAGAAAAGAUUAGGUAAAGACAUUAAAUGGGUUCAUUAUAACAUUUGUGAAGAAGUAUUCAAAGAUUGUAAAACCUUGUCACCCUCAUUAUUGGAAACCUGGGAAGAUAACAAAAUAAGAAGGAUGCUAAACCUGUAUUUGGAAAAUAUUAAUAAAUUUCGGAACCCUGACUGUUUGCAGAAGGAUGUUUGGAAAGAAAUUGCUCAACAGUUAAAUACAACAGAAUACAAUUGCUAUCACAAGUUCAAAAAUUUAAAAAGAACCUAUUUCAAUUGGUUGGAGAGGACUAGGGAUACUGGCAAAUUAAUAAAAUGGCCUUAUCGAAACUAUUUUGAAAGAAUAUUUUACAACUACAACCCUAAUGUGGGCCCUUGGGAUAGAAAUAAAAUACAAAAGCUUAUUGCGGCAUAUGGCCAAAUAGCUCAUAAAUUUGUAAACCCAAGAAUGCAAAAAAAAGAACUUUGGAAAGAAAUAUCAAAUAUAGUAGGAGAGAAUCCAAGUAAUUGUGAUAGAAAAUUUAGAAAUUUGAAACAAACAUAUAUAAGAUUAAAAAUGAGAGCAGAAUCAGGUAGAUCAAUAACAAAGUGGUAUUACUAUAAGGAUUUUGAAUCAAUAUAUGAGAACAGCAACUUCAGUGGCAAUGAUGGGGUUCCAAGACUUUUGUGCAAAAAUCAGGAUGGUGACUACAUCCAUCAAAUGCUUACUUUCUAUUUAAAUAAUAAGGAAAAGUUUAGGGACCCAUUAACGAAAAAGAAAAAUCUAUGGAGACAGAUAGGGCCCAGUUUGGGUCUCUCCACAGAAGAGUGUGAUAAAAAAUUCAGAAACUUAAAACAAACAUAUAUUAGACUAGCAGAGAAAAAAAGAGCGACUGGUAAAUGUAAUCAAUGGCCAUAUUACACUUACUUUGAACAAAUUUAUGAUCAACCAAAAGUGAACAAGGAGUGCAGUCACAAGUGCACCAUUGACAAUGUCACACUUACAGAAAUUAAAACAGCUGUUAGAAAUAUACACCAAAAUGAAGGAAAAAGUAAAUUUGAGAAGUUGGUGCAAGUAAUAGAAGAUUCAAAUGCAAUUCAAAGGGAGAGAAAUAAUAUCCUUCAUGCACUGCUUCACAGGCAUUGACAUGUUUUUUAUAGUUUUAAUCAUUACACUUCUCUUACAAAACCAUGUCUUACUUGUAAUACUUGGAAACUUUCAUAUGAGGUAAAUAAAAAGCAAAUAGGAUUGUUUAAAAA